GGAAUGUUAAGUGUAUGGGUAUUGACAUUCAACUCUCGCUUUCCCAUAUAUCUAAUGAAAGUAUUGAGAAAUUCGUCAAAACCCUAGAUAUUGGUUGUGUUUGUCAAAUUCCUGAUGUACCUGGUGUCACUAGGACAAUUACAGGCCUCGUAUUUAUGAUAAUGGACCUUCAUUUAAGACUUCCUCAUCUCUGCCAGCAGCUUGUCUGGUUUCAUGGUAAUGCUAACCACUUUGUUUUCCAAUUCUCAGAUGAUGGAGCUCCUGAAACCUCUCAGCUUUCUAUGUCUAUUGGCAGUGUAACUUUUUGGAACUUAGGCGAAAGGGUGAGAAGUAGAGAAUAUCAGUAUCUUUUACAUUGUGUAAGUCUAGCUGAGAAGCAUGAAGCUCUUCAAUCUCUUUGGCAUCAGCAUACUCAGGAGAUGCUGUUGUUAGAACCAAGUGUUUUCACUGUGUCAGGUAAAGAGUGCACUAUUGAGUUUCAACCAAGUGCUGAUAUGAGUUGGCAGAGUUGGGCCUGUAACGAAGUUAACCAGGCAGCCACUUAUCCUUCACCAUAUGCCAAUGUUCACAAGGGCAAUAUGUGCUUAAUGGGUGGCAGUAUUGGGCAAAGUGAUGUAGAUUUGUGGAAGCCUUAUACUAUGACAGAGCGUGAGAAACAUCCAGGUAUGGUUGACACAUACCUUGCCAGCCUACCCAAAAGUUUAAGUUCACCAACAGUGCAUAGCAAGAAGUUGGCAUUUACUGCUGAUAACGGGAUACGUCAGUUAGGAAAACCCAGAAUUGGGAUUUUUGCUGACUGGGUUAAACCUGACCCCUUGCACUGUGAGAUAAAUGCCUGGCAGCACAUCCUUGAUUUACUUUAUUCUGAAUCACUUCUACGAUGCUGCUUUGAAAAGUUUAUUGAGACAUUAUCAGCCCCCAUUGGACCGAGUGAUCAAAAUUCUCUCAUUGAGGAAUCAUCUGAAAAUCAUGCCACUCCUAAAAGGGCUGUUGACCUCAUAGGGGAGGGUGUUGAUAGUGCUCUUGAAUCCACAGGCACUGAUGUUAUUAAUAGAAGUUCUGCAGAAGAAGAGAUUGGAGUGAGUUGCCAAAACUCAAGCCUUUCGCCAGAUAUGCUUAGACACUCUACUGUCUUGGAGUUGAGCAAAGAUGCUGCCUCUGACAACAUGACGGCAAUGCUGGAGACUUCAAGAUUUGCCUCUUCAAAUAACCUUUCUAAUUGUGUGCACGGAUGUGGUCUGGCAUUCCUCUCGACCAAGGUGAGAGAACAUUACGCAGAUGAGGCUAAGCGGUCGAAUAAACUCAGUGUUAGGCUUAUUGGAGCACAAGCUAUUGCCCUGGCAAGGUAUUCUUACCGAAUUGUUGACUCCUUGCAAACAGCAAAUGAAACUGAGGGUGAAAAAUUACGACAACUAGCUCUUGGAAAGAUAGUACAGUACUUGAGAAAUGCUGGAGGAUUGUUUAACAAUGUUUAUGUUAACAUUCCGGGAGAGAUUUCUCAAUUAAAUGAUUUCUGUACACUUUAUUUCAACUUGUUGGUGCUAUUCUUUCCACACAGUGUGAAUGAGACUGUUUGGACAGUUGCUUAUGCUUUGCCUUACCAUGCGAAGCAGUUGUAUGAAAAGUAUGGAGUUGGGUAUGGUAUGCUCUCAUUACAGGCGAAAGAGUCAAAACAUGCUGGACUAAAGGGUGAACUUUCUAUGACAAAUCGGUCUCGUAGCACUGAUAAGAAUGGAAAGUGGUGGCAAUUAAUGAGAUCAAAUUACAUCAGAUCUUUCUAUUUGCCUGAGCACCAUGCAUCCUUCUCCGCCCUCAUAGAACUCACAUUUUAAAUCCCGUAAACCCCCUCAUUGUGACAUACCAAGAUUCUGUGAUUGUGGAAGAGAGAAAGAUGAUAUAAACCACACAGAAUGCAAAUUCUGUUGUGAGUGUGCCAUUGUUGUCACAUGUGCUCAAGAGCAAAUGCUUUUGCCUGAGGUUGUUGCUGUUCUAAAGCCCUGUCUAUGUACUGUGUGCGACAAAAGGUUUGCUGACAAGGCAGGGUUGAAGGUGCACCAAGACACCAUGCAUGGUUCACGAUCUUCCACGUUGGUGAAUCCUCAGCAGUCAUUGCGAACUUUGUCUGCAGAUCAACUUAAAUGCCUUUUGCGGGAAAAGGGCCUUUCUGUUUCUGGCAAGAAAAGUAUUCUGUUGACACGCCUGGAAAGCGAACACGCGGGAGAGUUUUAGUUGUCUUACUUAAUUCCUUGUGCUGUAAUGCAGGUUUCUGUAAUUGUGUUGUUUUGGGUGAAGCUUGUUUUUGAUGUAUGCUUGUGAAGGAUACUUUUGGUUUCUGCAAACUUAGGUUGGCAUGCACUUCUUGGCUGCCAAUGUUGGGUCGAGUGUUUGGUUGGCCAGUGUUAUAUCUUAUACUAGUAUGUCAUAUAAUUAGUUAAACCAUGCAGGCAAUCAUAUAAUAUCUACUGUACCCUACCGUACUGUAUAUAGAAGUAGGCUUUUUCUUUCAUCCAUUUGGUUGUAUUAUAUAAUUACAUACCUCUGAUCAUAAACAAGAAAAUUGUUGAGACUAAAAAACAAACGUUUUGCAGAUUUGUUAAAGUAUUAUAUAGUUUUGUUUUGUACAAAACAAAAUGUAACAUUAUUUAGGCCCCCCAGUUACACGAUACCGGAUUCGUAUUGGAGCUACAUCAAUUUAAGGUGUUUUCCAUUCAAGUGUAUGCUAUUACAACUUUUCAUAUUUGAAGUUUCUGUUUCAUUAUGUUAUGUUAUCAUCAUUUUAAGUUGCCAAAUUCACCUCAAAACAGUAAAAUUUGAUGUCGCUCCGAUGCGAAUCCG